GCAUCCUGGCACCUCUGGUACCACCCUAGUUCCCGCCCUCCUCCACCUGCUCCCUCUGGGUUUGCAAAUUUCCUCUGACUGACGGGCCAAUGAGUUCGCCCUGACGUAUGUAACCAGCCAGGAACCCUUUCAGCUCCCUCCAACGUUAACAAUCAUCAAUAGGCACUUUUCCCAGCGUGGAAAUAACGGCUUAACGGCGCUGUAAAGAGGUUCACACGGCAGGGACUCUGACGAGAUGCCGGGUAAGCCGCUGGUGUGCAGCAUCCGUAAUCCCCAUCCCAUCACCAUCGGGGAUCCCCGCGCUGAGUUCUCCAGCGGCUGUGCCGUGGUCGACGUGACUUUCCCCAGCACCAAAAGUGUGGAUAUCGGGGAAAUCACCUUCAAGAACAACUACACUGCCCUCCUGUCAAUUAAACUCAAGGUUAGGGAGGAAAAUGAAAAAGAAGUGGAGGAUCAAGCUGAGAUUGAUGGUGAGACCACUCUAACAUGGGUGACGGCACUGAAGAACGUCCAGCUGAUGCCUGACCCACACUGUGAGGACCGUGCUCAGAGCUACUUCUGUAUCAAGAGAGACCAGGUUGACGGCAGUUAUGACAUAAACCUGCUGUCCUACACCUGA